AUGGAGGAACUUGAAGGGAAACUUUUGGUUACUGGGUCGAUCGACGACGAUGAUAUUGACCAAUUGAUAGAAGAGUUGGAAAAUGAAGAUGGAGAUGAGUUCAGCAACAAGUAUAGGGAGGAGAGGAUUGAGGCAAUGGUACAUCAUGCACGUACGGUGGAGAGGAACGUUAGAGAGGGUGGGUAUGGUUCAUUACAAGAGAUUCAGAAUGAAAAAGAGGUCAUCACCAUGAGCACUAAUACUGAAAGGAUAGUUAUAAGUUUUGGAUUGGAUCAUUUUGCAAAGUGUCAGUACAUGAAUGAACAAUUACGAAAAUUAUCCUUAAAACAUUUAACUACAAAAUUUGUCUAUGCUAAUGUUGAAAACUGUCCAUUUUUAGUGGAUAGAUUGUCGAUAAAAGUGUUGCCAUUUGUAGUUGGGUACAAGAAAGGAGUUGAAAGAUUGAGAAUCGUAGGGUUCUCUUCGCUGGGUAACGAUCCCAAUGAAUUUCAAUUGGAUACAUUGGAGAAAUUACUGUAUUCCAAUGGUCUUCUGGAGCAAAUGACAGGAAUCUCAUCGUCACGGUCACAGAAGUCCUGGAACCGUGCUGGGAAUGACAGUGAGGACUCAGAUUUAGAUUUGAAUUGA